UUCAAGCUCACACAGGAGUCGAGUUAUGUGAUACCAUCUCAAGUGUUCAGCCCUCGCUGUCCGAGGCCACACCUCUUCAGCAAGCAGCGCUUUCUUAGCGGAACAGGAAGACCAUCUACUGACAUGGAGGGGAACGGGGAGAUCAGCGACACUGACAGCGGCAUCAUUCUUCAUUCAGGGUCUGACAGCCCAACAACCCACACAAAGGAUGUGACCACACACACACGGGCCAUAAAGAUCAAACACCAGGAGCUCCAAGAGAAGUUAGAGAUGUGCAUACAUGAGCUGAGGAAACUGUGCAUCCGAGAAGCUGAGCUGACGGGCCGGCUGUCAGAAGAUUAUCCUCUGCAGCCAGGAGAGAAGGCCCCGCAGGUUCACCGCCGCGUUGGAGCUGCGUUUAAACUUGACGAACUCAAAAUCCCUCGAGGAGCAGAGGAUUCAAAAUUGAGUUCAGUCGACGCUUCUCUAGCGCUUCAGAUGAAGAUAUAUGAAGCUGCACGGAAGCUCUGUGAAGAGGAAAACUUGAGCAAGUCUGUGAGGAAGAGCCGCCUGCAGCAGUGCAAAAGAGAGGAGAAGAAACUCGAGCAUCUACAAGAGACGGCCUUCAGCCUUCGACUGGAGCAUGGCCGAUCAUCACCACUCCCUGCCCUCAGUGUUACGCAACAAGAUCUUGGCACAUCUGAUGACAGCUCUCUAUCUGAUUCUGUUGUGCAAGAUGAAGAAGUCACAAGUCAGUCUUCACAGCCUUCUUCAGGACUCCCUUAUCCAGCAGAGACAGAUCCUCCCCAGCUGCUCCCUCUGUCCACGCAGUCUUGCGUGGAUGGCGCCUACAUUUCUCCAUGUGUGACUCCGCAGUCCCUGCAGCUGAACCUGAGUCACUCUCCCCAUCCAAGCGUUGACUUGAGCUUUACCUCGAGGCCAGCGUAUGACCUUCCUCCCAUCGAGCACUCCCCAUGGACCGAGUCAAGUCUUGACCAGCCCUACCAGAAGAGCAAGAAGUCGCACUCGUCCGUCAAGAUGAGCAGCCCAGCCAAACCUGAGUCUUUGCCACCCUUGGAAGCUUGUUUAGCACAGUUGGCUCUGCCUGUUCAACUUUCCCAUCUAAAGCUGAGUCGCACCCAGUCAAACAGUACACCCUCCACCCCAGAGAUGCGAGUGCACAGACAGCUCUCCCUCAGGCUGUCCUCUCCUGACUCUGCAUUUGAAAAGGAGCGCGGUCGCCCCCGAGGCCCGAGGAGGCGGCUGACCGAAUACUCAAUAACUUUACCAGAGACUCCAUCUCCUACACUGAACUACAGAAGCCAUGCUAGCUCUGAGGACAGCAACUCUGAAAACUCGUUUCCUUCUUACAAUAGCUCCCCGUGUCGGGAAUUGACCGGUGAUUUGCCCAAACAAUUUCCAUCUGCAUUCCUGCUCCCCAGCCCAGUUGGCAGCUAUGGACCUCAAGCUUUCCCGCAUGCUGGCUUUUACCGUAAUCCCCGGCAGCAGCCCAGUCCUGGUAUUCCAAAAGCCUAUUACAAUGAAGAACUGAUCUACAAUGAGAUGGAUAUGCCACGGAGCUAUUUCCCCCAGCAAGCUCCUUGUUCCUCGAAUAGAUAUGAUUAUAGGUAUAAAGACACUGCAGUACCUCACCAGAGAGUACAGAGGCCUUUUGCUCCUGAUAUUAGAAUCACCCCGCCAGCAAAUUGGGACCAUCCACACUGCCACGCUAAUGGUCUCCCACGACAAGCAGUGAACGAACAGCUAAAGUCGUGGCACAGACGCAGUCAGCAAAGAGCACCCAGGUCUCGUUCCCUUGACAGACAGGGAGCAGUGCGGAUGAAAAACGUGUUUGUCGGAGAGUCGCCCUGCUACCAAACUCAGCAGUACCAUGAGCAGGUUAUUCAGAGAGGAACUCUCCACAGAGCUGUAGAGGGUGCUCAAGGCCGCUGGUUUGGAGAGGACGCCUCUCACUUUUACAGCCAAGUAUAAAGAGAAGAAACUUGGAUGCCAAACUUAACUCUGUUAAUGUAAAGGCAGCAUAUUUUCCCAUUAUACCAAAGUGAGAUAGAAAAUUGAUAUAGAGGAAUUUUUUAUUUCUAAAAGGACUUCUCAUGAAAGUUUUUGUUAUCCUGGAGUAAAAAAUUGGAGCGUCUUACAAAACAAUGUUACAUGGCACAGCACUAACUAUAGUUUCCAGGUUACCAUAAAUCAGACAUCCUCAGAAAUGUGAGUGCAGUGUUUGUUUGAUUUUCUUUGUUUUUUGGCCAUUUUAAUAUUUAUAGGUUAAGCAUUGAUCUGAAUGCCAGUGAAUUACUAUUAAUGAAGCAGCCAGCUAAAUUUAGGUCAAUCCAUUGAUUAAACCUUGCAGGUUUCUUAUCAUUCCUUCACAUCUGAAGCAAUCAAACAAAAUGAAAAAUGGAGGAAGAGAUGACAUGAGAUCCUACAAAGAAUCAGCUACCAAAAUGUGCAUAGUGUAGUCAGAUGUAAAGUUGUAUUAGAAAUGAAUCUGGGAUGAAUUGAUAAUGCCAGAUUGGUAUUGAACUAUCUUAGGUACUUUAGAUCCACACUAACAUGUUUUUGUUUUAAAACACAAUGGAUUUGCGUCCUGCAUCUAUAACAUGCAGAAUUAAACAGGGUUAAAAAAAUAAUGCUUUAUGGUGCCUUAAAUGCAGUAAUGUGGACAUGAUGUAUAAAUGUAUUUAAAACAAGAAAAUACACGUGUUAGCACGGCCUUAAUGUAACAUAGAUGUGGUUAUCUCUAGCUUAAAACAAACCAAAUAAUUAAUCAUUUUGAGAAAUGUACCCCCAGACAGAGAAACUAAGUUUCUGCUGUUUGCUAGUUGGAAAACUAAUAUACUCAUUUUCAUUCUACCUGUAUGAAGGAAAGGAGUCUACUGUCAAAAUAAUGUAAAUUAGCAACACAUCCUUUAAGUGUGUGUUUGGGUUGUUGUUGUUGUUGUUUUUUUUAUCAUGAUGCCUGAGAUUAAUGAAGUCACAGUUUUACUGAACUUGUGCUGCUUUAUUUCAAGAUCCCAGGUUUGACCUCUUUAUCACAUACUUAUGCAGGCAAAUUUGUCUCAAUGUUAUACUUGUUACAACUGGCACAGCUACAGAAACAUUUGACUUGAACUAACAGACUUAAUCAGCUAGUUGAAACUAGACACUAACUCAUCCAUGUGGGAUGGUGGCAAAUUGAGCAGAGGCUUGAGGCUUGGCAGCUAUUAGUGUGCCAAAUUGUAAUGUUUUGAACUUCAUCCGUGCCUUUACCUGCAUCUGAGAGAGCAGCUCACUAACCUUUCUGUUAGCAGCAGUAAUAGUUUGACACUGAGGUAGACACAAACACUCCAAGCCCACCACUCUCAACCAAACAAACUUCAAAUAAUAGAUAUUUGAGAAUCCGAGUCAUGUAGAGCGAAUUCAGCUACAGAUACACACUGACUGGUCUCUCACAGUAAUCUAUUUAUCUUAAUUUAUUGUGAUUUGCACCACUGGACCUGUGAAAAGUCAGACUUGAAAUUAAAUAAAAUAUGGACCAGCGUUUGCAAAACAAAUCAGGUGUCUAGUUUACAAAAAGGAAAAACAGACCACAAUCAUGUUACCCUUUGUGUCUCUUUUUUUACUGUCUUUUUUAUUUAUCAUUUACAGUAGUUUAAGUGGAGUUAUUGUGUUAUGUUGCUGUUUUAAAAAGAAAUCUGUGAAAGUGUUUUCCCUGUGGAGAUAAAUAAAGAUUAUUGUUUGAGUAUUGUUGAGUUUAAUUAGCUUAUAUUGUGUGUUGUGACGGGAUCUUUGUAAUACAAAUACUUCCUGAAGACAUUCUGACAUGUCAAGGUAGAAAAAAAUUGAUGUAAAUGUACGCAAUUAUGGCCAUAUCGUUGCUUGAAUUAUUAAUUUUCAAGAUGCUGGCUCACUAUCACACUCUCUGGUCGUCCUCGGACACAACUGAUCAUGUGCCUUUUGUGCCAUUUACCUUUGAAAGAGCAAGGAUGGCAUACGAUCAUACAAAAUAUGACUGAGAAAUAAGAAGAGGAGCUAACAAAAUAUUAAUUAUGAAGUUAAGUGUUUUGGGGAUGGUUUUACAUUUAGAGUAAAUGUGCUGAUGCUAGAAUUUUUAUAUAAACUUCACAAAUACAGAAAACUGUGUGAGAUGAAGUAACACACUACUUAGUCAUUUAUGAUUAAAGACAUCCUCAUUAAUGUGAGUGGAAUGUUUUUGUUUUUCUUUGCUUUUUGGACACUUUAAUAUUUACAGGUUAAGCAUUGAUCUGAAUACCAGUUACUAUUAAUUACUAUUAACAUUAAUUAUUAUUAACAUUGAAGGGAGAAACCCAAUUUGAUAAACUGUAAAUAGAAAAUUUUGCAUUAAUAUUUGAGACAUUACCCAUAACAGCAGGUGUUUUAUAUCUGAGAUGGUAAAAAAAAAAAUAUUACCAUGUAUAUUCUUAGUGUUUCCAGAAAACUGCACAAGUCUACUUUUAAUCCCUCUGUCAUAAAAGGCUGAUGGGUUAUUAUCAUCACCGCCUGGCAGGCGGCGUGGACACCCACAUUUGUGGACAUGAUAACUGGUAAACGAGGCAACGUUAGGAUUUUUAAAUUGCUACUGUAGAUGCAAUAACUGAAAAUUACAAUUUUGGUUAAUUGAAAUAAAAAUAGAUACUGACCAAUAUUGUACACACAAAUUAUACAGAAAUGUCCUUAUAUUUAGUGUUUGACACAACGCUUCAAAAAGUGUUGUACAAACAAUAAUAAAAUCCUUCCAAAGUGGAAUAAUUAUAAAGAGUUAAAUUAUUGCUGAAACGAAUAAAUGGCUAAACUCAAAACAAAAGCUAAUUAGAAGA